AUGUCGACCACUUUGGAUCAUAAGCCUGGCGGCCCCCUUGAAAUCGAGCAUGACGAAAAGUCGGUCAAGGGGGAGGCUGUUGUCUCUGGGGAUUACUCUGGCGCAGCUGAGAAGACCGAUCCUGUCGAAAUAGCACUUGUCCGAAAGCUUGACAGGAGAAUUAUGCCAAUUCUCUGGGCCAUGUACUUCUUGAACUACCUCGACCGAAAUGCCCUGCCCCAAGCUCGUCUGAACACCCUCGAGGAGGACCUCAACCUCAAAGGUGUUGAAUACAACACCGCCAUCUCCAUCCUCUUUGUCGGAUAUCUUCUGAUGCAAGUCCCUUCAAACAUGUUCUUGACUCGUACAAAGCCUUCCGCGUACAUGUCAAUCUGCAUGAUUGGCUGGGCGGCCAUCUCGGCUGCUACCGCAGGCGUCAAGAAUUACUCUGGACUCGUCGCUUGUCGGUUCUUCCUUGGUUUUGUCGAAGCACCCUUCUACCCCGGCGCGUUGUAUAUGUUGUCGAUCUUCUACACCCGAAAGGAGCUAGCGACUCGGAUUUCACUUCUCUACACAGGCCAGGUGGUCAGCACUGGUUGCUCAGGCCUGAUCGCUGCUGCUACAUUCGCAACACUUGAUAAGGUCAAGGGAAUUGCUGGAUGGCAAUGGCUCUUCAUCAUCGAAGGCUCCGUCACUGCCUUGGUGGCCAUCUUUGGCUUCUUCCUUCUCCCUGACGACCCAUCCGAGACGCGCUGGCUUACCGAGGAAGAGCGCAAGCUGGCCGUUGAGCGGAUCCGUCGUGACACUGUCGGUCAUCAAGAAAGAGGAUCGACCUGGGAGGGUCUUAAGCAAGCUUGCAAAGAUCCGAAGACCUGGCUCUUUUGUCUCAUGCAGAACUUGCACAUUUCGGCGUGUUCUUUCAACAACUUCUUCCCUACCAUCGUCCGCAGCAUGGGCUUCCGAUCUACUACCGCUCUUCUGCUCACAGCGCCUCCUUACUUCGUAUCUGGCAUUUUAGGAAUUCCCUUUGCAUGGUCUAGCGGCAGGUUCAACGAGAGGACUUGGCAUAUUACCGCUGGCCUAAGCUUGGCUAUUGUGGGUUUUGCCAUGACCUGCGGCAGCCAGAACAAUGCCGUUCGCUACACGGCCACCUUUCUCUACGCUACGGGAGCUUACAGCGUUGGUUCUGUAAUCCUCGGUUGGGUCAGCAACACGCUUUCUCAAACUCCUGAGAAGAAGGCCGUGGCUUAUUCGUUGGUCAACGUCACUGCCAAUCUCGCAUACAUCUACUGUGCUUAUCUUUGGCCCAGCUCCGACGGUCCUAAGUACAUGAUGGGCUUCUCAAGCAUGAUCGCUUUUGCAGCUACCAGCAUCAUGUGCGCCUGGGCUAUGCGCGUGUGGCUGAUCCGGGUCAACAAGAAAAUUCGGGAGAGUGAAGAUGAGAACGUCAAACUUUAUGCCUACUAA